AUGUAUUCACUGAACAUUCUGCCAAUAGCUUCUGGCGUGCGUGGUCCCGCCUUCCCACUAGGAUACGGUUCCGGAGGACAUAGCGAGCUGGGAGUCGAUCUCAGCGGCGCAGGAGGCCACAGCGGCAGCGGUGUUGGAAGCGAAAGAGAGCUCCCAGGCGUCUUAGUUGGCAGCGGUGUGCUUCCCGAAAGUGCCAUUGGCGGUGUAGGUGGUGGUGCCAAUGGUGACGCUGCUGGAGGAGUCAUUGGUGGGGAAUACAGCGGACCAAGUGUUGGUGUUGUUGGAGGUUUUGACGCUGGUGUUGCUGGAGGCGCUGGUGAUAUCUCCGAUGUCAGCACCCCUGUCAGCGAUUAUGCCGCACCACACUAA